UAGCCUGCCUACUACAGAUGGAGGAAGUGAAUUAUGAACGUGUGAAAGAAUACAGCCUUAAGGUUCUGCAGAUGCAACCAGAGAAUGCCAAAGCACUGUAUCGAGCAGGAGUUGCAUUUCACCAUCUGGGAGACUAUGACCAGGCAUUACAUUUUCUAACCAAAGCAGCAAAGAAGCAGCCCAGUGUCCCUUGA